AUGAAUACGAUUCGUUCGGUUGGAUACGGAUGGGGUGUCCUCAUCGUUGCCGGCGCCGGAUCGUACUACUUUGCAAAGCGUAGCAUCAAUGCCGAUCGAGAAGAGCGUGCAGCUGCAGAAGAACGACGACGACAGGCGCAAUACCGAAUGCGCGCACACGAGGCUGUCUCCCGAGAUAUUUCCAUGGCCAGUACAAGCUCGAGUGGCCAAGCUUCAGGUGCAAAAGGCGACCGUUCUUCAACAAUUGCAACAUCAAGCGGAGGAGAUAGUGGAGCAUCUGCUUCAGAUACAAAGAAUGAGAGUGGCAUCGGAGAAAGUCGAUACGAGGCAAACGCACCAUUUCGAUCACGAAAAGGUGAUCGGUUCAGUUGA